ACCGGAAGCGCGGCCGAGCCCGUUGCCGUGACAGCGGGCUCGGGGCCGCCAUGGAGGCCGCGCUCACCGACAUGUAUGACCAGGCGCUGCUGGGCAUCCUGCAGCACGUCGGUAACGUGGAGGAGUUUCUGCGCGUCCUCUUCGGCUUCCUCUACCGCAAGACCGACUUCUACCGGCUCCUGCUGCGGCCCGGGGACCGCCUGGGCUUCCCGCCCGGCGCGGCACAGGCCAUGGCCCUGCAGGCAUUCCAAGUGUUUGAGCGGAUGGCCAGGCAGGAUGAUGAGAAGAGGCGCCGGGAGCUGGAGGCAAAGCUGAGGAAGAAGGAGGAGGAGGAGGAGGCAGCUGCAGCUGCCGAGAGGGUGAAGCUGUGCCCUGCAGCUCAGGAGGUUGAGGUGGAGACAACGGAGCACAUCCCAGCACCAGAUGUCGGGGGAGCUGUGGGCACACAGGAAUCAGCUGCAGCCCAGGGUGCCGCAGCCCCCAGCUCUGUGUCAGUGGAGCCUCUGGGGGCUGCUGCCCCAGCAGAGUUGCUGACGAGACAGGAACAGUUCCAGACAAACCCUGACAGCUACAAUGGAGCUGUGCGAGAGAAUUACACCUGGUCCCAAGACUACAGCGACCUGGAAAUUAAAGUGCCUGUGCCCAAGCACAUCGUCAAAGGCAAACAGGUAUCUGUGGAUAUCAGCAGUGGCACAAUUCGCGUAGCGGUGCUGGAGGGGAGCAGCCAGCAUGUCCUCAUGGAAGGGAAACUCACCCACAAGAUCAAUACGGAGAGUUCCCUGUGGAGCCUGGAGCCCGGGAAGUGCAUUUUGAUCAACCUGAACAAGGGGGACGAGUACUGGUGGAAUGCUAUCCUGGAGGGCGAGGAGCAGAUCGACAUUGACAAGAUCAACAAAGAGCGCUCCAUGGCCACAGUGGAUGAGGAGGAGCAUGCUGUGCUCGACCGUCUCACCUUUGACUACCACCAGAAGCUGCAGGGCAAGCCCCAGAGCCACGAGCUGAAGGUGCACGAGAUGCUAAAGAAGGGCUGGGACACCGAGGGCUCCCCAUUCCGUGGCCAGAAGUUCGACCCCUCCAUGUUCAACAUCUCCCCUGGUGCCGUCCAGUUUUGACGGUGGCAAAAACAACUGAAAAACGAAGCAGGGAGAGGAGAAACCUCCCGGAUGCCCACUGGGACUCUCACACUCCGUGCCGGUGCCCAUGACCCGCUGCUCCAUGCUGCCAGCACCCAUACAUGCGGGGAAGCCAGGUGCGGGCAGAUUUACAUCCUGUCACCACGGCAACCCGGGCGCCGAGACCCCUCUCCUCCCCUGCCUCCCCUUGCCUCGAGCUGCCGAUGCUCUGUGUUUUUCCAGAAUAGACGGAGCAUGUUGGGUGACAUAAUUAUUAUUUUUGGUGGAUGAGUAUGCUGCUUUUGGGUUUUCUGGGGGUGUGGAGCCCUCCCCACCCUGACUCUGGGCAGCUUUGCCCCUCAUGGGCAGGGCUGGGUGCUGGGUACGGGCAGCAGGGAUGAAGGGACACAUGGGGGAGCCUUCCCCUGCCCUGCACCCUGCCUGCACUCUGCCUGCACCCUCCCCACCUGGCACCCCCAAAUCCCCUUGCCAACCCUGCUCUGGGGUCUCCCAUGGUGGCUGUGCUGCCCUUGCCCCCUGCCCAGCCCCGGGAGAGUCUUCCUCCUGGUUUCCCCCCAACCCCAUCACUGGAGGGUGGUCAAGGCACCCUGGGGUGGGCAGAGACCCCAGCCAGACUGUAGGGUUUGCUUCCCCUUCCCCAGGGGUCAGCAGGGAGCAAUGGGGGUGUCCAUCACAGCACUGGGGUUCGGGGGUGGCUACAGACCCACCCCUUGUAGCCAGCAGCCCACCCCUCCAGCUAGUGGGCAGGAGCCCCAGGAACAUGGGCUUCCCUGGCAUGGUACUUUGGGGUCUGAGAGGGGGGAUGUGGCAGCCCUGGCUCCCCCCAGGCCCGGCCUGGCUCUUGCAACUUCCCACUGCCCCUCCCACCCUGGGAUAGGUAGGCUGGGAGUCCCCUGCUGUCGCCCUGUCCCUCCAUUCACCCCACCCCCAGUUUGCAAUAAACAGAUUUCUCACGGGGG